AUGGUAGCUUACGCAUCAGCGGCCUCCUCUUACCACGCGGGCGUCUUGGUUACGAGCGUGGUGCUCUCUUUCGGGCUUGGUUUGACGGUCUGGUGGCUAGCAAGUGGUUACCGAGGUCGUAUGCGGCUCCGUUCCCGCGUUGUGUUGGUAAGGUUUGUCAAGCAAGUUGUGGACGACUGGGAAGAGUUCUGUUUACGCGAGGUGGAACAUUGGCUGGCUGUGCGGUCUCCAGAAGGGAACAUUGGAGAGGAUUCUCUGUUCAGCAACCAUGGUGCAAAGGAAAGGGGGGAGGUCCAGGACGCGUUACCCUUCCACGGGCCAAUGCGAUCCAUGGCGUAUGCACCGGGCGUGGACCUGAGUCGGUGGUUACAGCUGUGGAAUGUUGGCCGUCGGCUCUGUGCGGCGUUGCCGGAAGACAUGGUGUUAUUGGAGCGGUUGGGGUACAUCAUAAAGUACACCGCUUUUCGACGACUGGCUACUAUGGCUGAGGCGCGGUACUACGCGGCGGCCUGGCGCAGCGCCGUGCACGGAAGUGACACAAAGAAUGGGAAGGCACAAAUCCGUAGGCCCCGCAUCCCUCCUUGGCUCGUGGGCCAUCGUCCCUUCUGGGUUGUACCUCUCCCCAGCCCAGGUGUGGGGCAGUUUCUUUGCCUUCCCUUAAGCUACUUUCCUGUUGAAGCCGUCCUCACCAGUGGUGCGGAGGAGACAUGGGUGAAGGAUCUCGCAGACGUUCUACCACUCAUCAUGGGUCAACUAAGCUUUAAGUUUUUGGUCGACGGCCUUCGAACGCGACAGGCACGAAGGGUAGCCCACGCCACAAUACGGCGGAGGUACCCACCGUCCUGGAAGCGGCUCUGGAGAGAGAUUGACCGUUUAUUCAAUACAUUUGCCGCACCGCUAGCUAAGAGCCAGUUGGAAAGGGGAAGGAUGGCGCGGCAACGCUUUUGUCGGGAAAAGUUGUAUGAAGGUGUGGAAUUGGUUUCAGGUGACGGACCUGAUAUGGAGGAGGGUAUGGAUGGAAUCUUUAGUGUACAGAGUUCUGAAAAGGUGGAGGGGGUCAUGGGCCGCGAUGUAUUGCUACGUGAUGCAAAUUUGACACGCAAGCUGACGUUGCUUCUGCGGUUUCGAACGCUCAGCCACGCAGUGCGCAUUGCAAUCAACCUGUGGGCGCCGCGGUAUAAUGUGUUUGCAGGGUGGAUGCUACCUUACGUGCUCUCAUCUUCCGGGUGUCUAGAAGGCCGUGGGGCCGUACUCAUGGAUUUCGCGCGAAGCGUCCUUUGGGCUUCUCUUUCCGCCGCUGUGGGGGCUGCCGUUCGGUCUUUUGACGAUGUUUUCAGGUGGAAAAUACUUGUGAUGUUGCGUGACGAGGUGUUGCAUGAAGUGAAUGUCAAGAUAGCUGUUGCUGAUGAGGCGUUUUUGCGGCGGUGCUCGUCGGAAGGUGUGGGCAGAAGCGGGGGCAAUCCUCUGGCUCGCUCGUUCGAGUACGCGGAGAGCACGGCAGCACGGAUGCUUGGUUACUUUGACUGCGAACAAAAAAAGUACAUAUCGCUCAUCAUCGGAGUGGUCACUGCAAUGCUUCGACAAGAAGUGGACGUUGCCGCGUUCGCUGCAGCAGCGUCUUUGCUCAACUGCUACGAGAUAUCACGGGCCAUCGGUCGUUGGUGCGGGUUACUGCUCGAUAAGAGUGUCGAACACGAAAUUGCACGCAUGGGGGAAGAGCCCUUGCCAGCGGAACCCCGAUACGGACUUCAACUUCUGCUGGAGGUAUUGGCCGAGGAAAAUGAUGGCACCACAGGAACGAAUGCGCCAGUGGAAGGGGACGCUCCGGUCCAAAAUGGAAGCAGAGCAAGUCACUCUCGAUAUUUUCUCUCACUGAUUGCUUGUGGGGGGACUUUUCACGUUGACUGGCCGGUUGGCCCACUCCCCACCCAUAAGAAGGCCCAAACAGACGAAGUCGCAUAUCUUCGACGUCUACAAAAACUAUUCGACACCGUCGUCAGCGGUGAAAGGGCCUGUACAUUAUCCUGCACUUCGUUUAUCUGCUCACCGAACGACGGUGCUUUAUCCAUUGCACGGGGCCUCAGGGAAAAUGCCGCAUGUGUCAGGGAAUUUGUGCUGAAGGAAAGGGUUCAGCAUGCGUUGGAAAGGAACACAGUCCAAACUGUUCCUGCCAAUAGUUCAGAAAAACUACACGCCGUGAACGGAGGGGCCAAGGCGGCUCUAGAUGCAGAAGAAGCGGCGCUGCUAGCACGUCCACAGGCGAUGAACCGCAUCCCUUCAACGCUUGGCUUUGACGACGUAUUCAGUAGGCCUCCGCGAUUCAUUCUUCGUCAGUUGGGCCUUGACACCGUCUUCGCACAAAGAGCGGCGCUUUCGGUCCGGCGAGCUGAAUCAUUUACUAUUACGAUGGACCUUUCAGACCCAAUCUCCAGACCGUUUCAUAACGUGUUCAGACAGCUGCUUCUACAUUUGACGGAGUUUAUUGAAACUCUGUUGUUUUAUUCCUUACUAAGUUAUCGUUCAAAUCUGACCUCCAUUUGGGGCGUCUGGCCCACAUGGUUUACGACCCGUUGGGCCUGCGACGGCGGCGCCACCAUUGCUGCAGAAUGGUCUGCUGCUUCGCUGCUGGACCGAGUGAGCGCCUACCGCGCGCUAAUGAGAGGAAACGAACGUGUCGAGCUCGACCAUCCCUUCCGACUCACACAGCAGGUGGCCCGUUACAUGCCCACAUUCGUACACGAUGCCUCUCCCCAUAACUAUUCAGCGGUGUUCAAGGCGCGAAGAGGGCUCUGGCGGAAUAAAAUAAAACAUGUUGAGGGCAUACAAUUUGAUGAUGCUGGGCGCAUCAGCGAGGGUUUUCACCUCCGCAAAGGUAUUGAUUUCCGUGGGGUGUGGUUUGUCUAUCCUGAAUUGCACCACUGCGCAACUGACGGGUCGUUGCAGCCAAGUUUAGCAAAUGUGACGGUUCAUUUUCCCGCCACUCAAAUUACAGCCAUACUCGGGAGAACCGGGUCAGGGAAGAGUACAUUGCUGAGCCUGCUGAAGCGCACGUACGACCCAGUGGCUGUUGUAUCCCUGAAAGAAGGACACGUGUGGGAGGAAAGUGAGGGCCUCAUAACCGUACUGCAGCGUUGCCUGGACACUCAACUCCCACAGGCUAACGAAGGAAAUUGCGAGAACGUCGUGACGAUCGAUGAUAUUCCCCUGACCUGCUUCUCCACCACAUUCCUGCGGCAAGCAGUUGGCAUGCUCGAGCAAACUCCCUUCACCUUCAAGGGUCUAAGUUUCCUUCAAAAUAUUUCCCUUUUCACACCGCGAGUGUCUAGAGACGAAUGUGUUGCAGCAGCCACCCUUUGCCGAUGCAAAGAGUUUAUCGAGUCACGGCCGCUUGGCUAUGACGACAAGUCGAAGGAGCUAAGCACAGGCGAAAAACAACGCCUCGCACUUGCACGGGCUAUUUUGGUGGGGCGGCACGGUCUCGGCGUCUGCCUUCUCGAUGAACCCACGUCACACUUGGAUGGGCACACCGCCGCGUACGUCGAGGAGGCCAUCGGCAACCUCACCACAAUCCAACAACCUGAGGUCACCGUUUUGCUGGUGUCCCACCGCCUCUCAACCAUCCGAUAUGCAACCCACGUGGUGAUCCUCGAUGGCGGCCAGCUCGAGUAUCAGGGCCCAGCCGAUGAACGUAAGUUGCGUUCGAAUUCAUUCCUCCGCUCAGCGGCUGGGGGACAGGACCUACAGAUCGUGCGCUCCGCAGCGCGGCCGGAAGGGCGAACACAGGGCAAUGUCAAAAGUGCCAUAUACGCCGACGGCUUGCUGAAGGUCUCUUCUGUUGACGCUUAA